GAGCCCCGCGGCGGGCCGGGGCGGGCUGCAGAGGGCGCAGGUGGGGCCGUGCCUCUUCGCUGGGCGGCUGCCGCCAUGGAGGCGCUUGCGGAUGCCCCUGUGGCGGUCGCCGUGGUCGUGGUGGCUGCAUCUGCCCUGCUGCUGCUGCUGCUGCUCAGAGGGACGGGGCGGAGGGCGAGCGGCCCCGUCACUUUGCGGGACCCCCUCGCUAAAUACUCGCUGCGGCUGGUGGACAGAGAGGAAAUCAGUCAUGAUACUAAGAAAUUCCGAUUUGGGCUACCUUCACCAGAUCAUAUAUUAGGAUUACCUGUAGGCCAACAUGUUUAUCUUUCUGCAAAAAUUGAUGGUAAUCUGGUGAUUCGAGCCUAUACCCCAGUUUCCAGUGACGAGACAAAAGGUUAUGUUGAUUUAAUUAUUAAGGUGUACCACAAAAAUGUGAAUCCCAAGUUUCCAGAAGGUGGGAAGAUGUCCCAGUACCUAGAUGACAUGAAGAUUGGAGAUAUUAUUGAUUUCAGAGGGCCAAAUGGGCUCCUUGUCUAUAAGGGGUCAGGUACCUUUCUUAUCAAGCCCCAUAAGAAGUCCGAAGCAGAGAAAAAGUUUGCAAAGCAUCUUGGGAUGAUAGCUGGAGGAACAGGAAUAACUCCUAUGUUGCAGCUGAUUCGUCGUAUCACAAAUGAUCCUAAGGACUCCACAAAAUGUUACCUUCUUUUUGCAAAUCAGACAGAAAAAGAUAUAUUACUGAGAGCUGAGCUAGAAGACAUUGCUAAGAGGCAUCCUGAUCAGUUCACGCUUUGGUAUACACUGGACAGACCUCCACAAGAUUGGAAGUACAGUUCUGGCUUUGUCACUGCAGACAUGAUUAAAACCCACCUCCCUUCCCCUGGCAGCGAGACACUUAUUCUCAUGUGUGGACCACCACCUAUGAUUCAGUUUGCGUGUCAGCCCAACCUGGACAAACUUGGCUAUCCCAAGAGCAGUACAUUUUCUUAUUAAUGCUGAUGUCAUCUCAUACCUUUUCAUAAGGACUGCGUAUUUUCCUACAGGAACAACUGGUAUGUAACUAACUGCGCAGUAUUUCUUUGUUUUGGUUUUUUUUGGUGUGUGUGGUUUUUAACCACUUAAUGUAAUUUCUGUGGUUCAUAACUUCAUAAUUACCUUUGCAUGUUCAACUAAGAAGUUGAGAGAUCAUCUUGAAUUGUGGGGAAGUAACUUAGUCUAACCUCUUAAGUUAGUAUGAAAUGUUAAUUCUGAGAAAAAAAAAUAAGUGUAAUCAGAGAGAUAGGACAGAGAUAAAACCACUUGUUUGUUAACAUGGGUAUGGAAUGUGAGAGAUGGCUAUAAAACUGGACUAGGAUUAUUUGACUGUGCUUUACAGGUAAUUCAUUUAGUGAAUCCUGGGGAAGGAGAGUACAAAGAAUAGUCUUUUUUUUUUUUUUUUUUUUAAAUGCUGUUUUACAGCCCUUUACCAGGGACUAAGAAAGAAGUCACAGUAUGCUAUUGAAAAAGUGAACAGAAUUUGGGUAACAUGCAAAUUGCUUAUUAUUGUAAUAGAAAUUCUCAUUAGUGUGAAAUUUAUUCAGGAGGAUUACAUCACUUCAUGCUGCCUUCUAACAGCCUUAGCUAAACAAUCACUGCCAACUAUAUAUAGAAGUUCUGGGCUGCAUAUACAGACUUAACUAUCCAGUGGUGGAUAUCAUUUGAAUGUCAUUCUCUUAAGUGUAGUGCUUGCUCUUUUGGCAGUUUCAGAAAUUUCCUUUGCUUAUGAGAAAACACGGCUUCUUCCUAUUGUAAGCUAUGCUGAGUCGGUCUUAUACUCGGCUAAUGCCUCAUCUUAGUGUUUUUACUACAUAGCAUUUAAUUCUUAGUCUUCAGUGCCUGGAGUACUGUGUAUUCAUUUCCAGGAAUUAGUUUAUACUACAUUUGUUUUAGGGUCUGACAAAUCCCUGAGCUAGAAGACUUGUUUGUUCAGAUGCUAAUGAAUAUGUUUACUAAAUAUUUUCAUUCAUCUAAAGCAAAACAAAAGGAAUCUACUAGUUAAAAUUUGACAUAGGGGUUUUGUACUUAAUCAGUUAUAUUUGUAGCAAUAAUGCUACACAGACAGACAGACACAGGGAUUCAGACUGUGAUUCUGUCCCUGAUGAGAGAUCAACCACAUGUAAUUACGUUAGAAUCAUUCCACAGUCAGCAAGAGAUGGAGGAACAUUCAGAAUUUAUUCAUAACAGUCAAGAAAUAAGCAUUUAUGCCAGUGUUAUGCUAAUUAGGAUUUCUUACUAUAUAUAUAUAUUAAAAAAAUCAAUAAUUUUGUAGAUUGACUAUUCACAGCCAAGUUAGCACAACAACACACUGAGUUACAAAUACAUCAUCAAAAGAAAUCUGAAAAUCUGCUUGGAAUAUCACAGUGAUAUUAAAGCUGCUUCUGUUGGAGCAGCUUAUCCUAUUUGUGGUACUGUAAUCAGUCUGCUGGCUAAUUAACCUGACAAAGUAUUUCAGAUGCCCAUAGUACAUAAUCUGGUCACUAGUGUUGAUUGCAUUGCCAGAUUGGAGAUGUACUUGACUAGUACAUUUAUUACCUUUUAUUAAGCAUUUUUAGUUUGCUGAUGUGUAGACUGAUUUCUCAUUCCUUUGGAUUUUCCAUUAUCAUUUCAUUGUUCAGUGAUUGAAAAAAAAUUGUCUUAGUUUUACAGUUUUGGACAAUAAAAUCGUGUUUAGCUUCCAAGAUCUGACCGUACAGUGCAGGGUCUGUCAUGAGAGGCUCAUGGAGUCAGGACUAGAAUAGGUCACCUUUAAAAAGUGCCACUGAUAGCUCUUGAAGAGCCCUUGCUGCAUACUCGGGACAGUACCAAAGAUUUCCCCUUUAUUUGGGAGCGUUGUGGCUGGGAGUGACCUGCCCUCAGGCUAUAUUAAUGUAAACCAACACCCUGCAGCCAGCAAGGAGAGAGUAAUGCAAACCAUCCAUAUACAUACUAAGUCUUUUCUUUACAAUUGAGCAUUUUUCUUUUCUGAUGUUUCAUCUAUCAUCUUGUUAAUACCUUAUUAAUUCAUGAGGCACCUGUCAACAGAUGCCACAAGUUAUUGCUGCUGUAAAGGAGACAAUUUCACCCUCGAACAGCCCCUCAAGUAAGUAGUGAGAGGCCAUAUUUGCCUCUGUUACAGUGCUGCAGGCCUGCCUAGCUCAGUAGAAUAGCAACAGAUCUAUUUAUUAUGAUACUUGCCUGAUGCUCCUUUGUCACUUUUUAUACAUUGCAGAGCAGUAUUUAGCAACAGGAGACAAGCAUUAAAGUAUUCUAUGAAAAUCUGUCUGUAGCUGGAAUGAAAAGAGAACUGAAAGUGAACAGCAAUAUUGUUUACAACAUCACCAGUUCUCAUGCAAAUGUUACAAAAGUGUUUCUACUGUAAGCUCCAGUUCCCACAGCUGUUUGCAGCCAUAUGUUUAAUUAGGUGUAACUAUGGAAAGAAAAUAGGCUUGUUACCAUCCCUGUCUUCCUGAGAGCCAGUACUAUGUUUCAGACCAACCAGGUAUGGGGCUCAGAAAACUUCGUCUGAACCAUUUUGAUUAUUCAGAAGGCUUAUGAGCAUGCUGAUGCUUGCACAUGUGUGUCAGUACUAGCCAUUUUAGACAAAAUGUCAAUGUACAGAAAGAGCCCGUUCAAUAGUUCUAGUUAAAGAACUGUCAUUAAAAACCAAACAACGGAUCAUGCCGGAAAUUGUUGCCCUUACCCUACGGAGCACAGCAAACACCAUUCUUGAAGUUACAUUUUACAUUAGUUAAAUGUUGUGAUUUCUCCUUGAUAGCAAACAUCUUAGUGCACAUGUAAAUAUCACAUGAUAAAAAAAAAAAUCACUUCAAAUGAAGCACCAGUUUUUGAGUCCAUCAGUUUUCCUGGUAGUCUCAAAGUUACAUUUCCUCUUGUAGUAGUUCAGCAACUUUUUGAGUCGGGUAAGGAUUUGUGAAUGUGCCAUCUUGUCAUCCUCCUGAUAAAAGCAGGGGCUUGAUGGAUAGUAUUAUGUUCCAUUCUUCCCAUUCUACACUGCACACACUUGGAUAAAAAGAGGGCAGGACAUGCUAAUGAAAGGGGCGAGAGAUUAAAAUCCUUUUAUGGGAAACAGUCUCUGGCAAGGCUGCAGUAGUAGUUACUGAGCCAUUACUGCUGCACCCACCAGCAUCCAUCUGAGUUUCUAGGUGGCUCUGAUUAGUCCACACGGUACAAUAAGAGUAUAAAUGAUUCCUGCAUUACAAGUUAAUUAUAAAAAUAAAAAAUUACAAAAGAUCUUUUAUAUAACAGUAUGUAAACAUACCAUGUAAAAGACGACUGAAUAAAACGUGAGUAAAAUGUUGCUAGUCUUGGCUUUCCAGACUCUGGAUAUGAAUACCAUUUCUCUCUCAACACCUAUUUCAUGUUACAUAAUAUGGAAAAUAGGGCAGAGCAGCGUUACCUGUAAUGCGUUGCUACAUUGACAAUAUUAAAUGCUAUGUGGUAAGUCUCAUUGGCAGAAAAGAGGUAAAGCUUUUCUGUACCACAGCAUCAAGCUUCUCCUGGCCACCCCUCUGGACAGGCAUGAGGUAUUAUUAGUGUUCUUGGUUAUGUUGAAACAUCAUCUCCAGUCUUCAAAGGUAGGUGUUAAAAAUCUGCUGUCAUUCAGCAUUUCAUCUUGGCUUAACAUUGUCUGAAAAAACAAGAUGUGAACAAGUAAGCAUGUUCAGUUAGGGGCCUAUAGUUAAAGAAAUCCAACUGUAAUAAGACCAGAUUCACAACAGAGGGGGUUAGAGCCACAGAAAAUUAAAAGAAAUUUCUUGAAUGCAGCUUUAAAUAAACUAUUAUUUACUUGAGGAAAUUCUCUACAGAGAUUUUGUGUGUGGCAUAUGACUCAGCUACGUUAUGUAAUUUUUCAUUAUACCUUUCAGUUGACCUUUUUUUUUUUAAAUUAGCUGCUAUAGAGUCAGGAAUUAAUAGUAAACUUUUUUUGUGUGGGUUUUUUUUGUUUUGUUUUCCAUGGAGUUUUAGCUCAUGUAAAUUUGAAGUCUGUGCCUCUGCUAGACUUUGCUGUGAUCGAGGCAUUUGAUGGUUACUUACAAAAUCUUUGAAGAAUUGUUUUCAUUUAAGGGGAUGAACAACUGUCAUUGGGUCAAAGAGAUAGCAGAGUUCAUGAAAACUUAAAAUAGGCCUAAAUGAAACUUAAUUUCUAAUGCAAUUUAAAAGCAGGGUUUUUUUGGACUGUGAAUGUGCAACCAGGCUAUAAAGAGAUAUUUAACAAGAAUAGUGACCCACUUACUCUUAACUACUGCCAGCAAUAACCAACUUUCACUGAAUUCUAGCAGAAUACAGUUGUGACUUUUAAAACAAGAGUGAAAUCAGUACAUACCGUAAGAUGGCUUAUGCCUUGAGAAAGAGCCCCUAUUUGCAUUACUGUUCCUUCUGAAUGUUCCAUCUGUAAAAGUAUUCAGGAACUAGUUCAAAUCAGACAGUAUGUGCAAUUUUAUUCAUUCUACAUGCAUCUUUGGGAGGUAUUGGUGCCUGGACAAAUGAAGUUGUGAUAAGUUUAAAAGCUCUGAUUUCUGCACAUUAACAAAAAUGCCUCCAUGCUAUAAGGUAUAUGAAAACACAUUGAAAGAUAAGAGGAGUGAAUCCUGAUUAAGAAAGAUUGAUUCCAUGAAACUUGAGCUGUAAUUCAUACAAGAAAAGAAAAAGCUUAACUGAUAUUAUCAAUGAAGAGUAAAAUUUUCUAGAUGGUGUAACACUUAUCAUACUUCUUUCACAGGCAAAAAGUAAGAGGAGUCCUUCAUGAUACAGUCCUACCUAUUCUUAUAUAAAAAGGUUAUCAGUUCUAGGGCACUGUGAUUUCACUGCAUGCUCAGAAGUCAUGCUUAAUUGAAAGACCAUGCUCCUAGAGGAAAAAUCCAGUAUUUUUGUAAUGCUUGACCAACUGCAUAGUGAGAGCUCUGGGCUCACAGUUAAUGCAUUCACUUGCGACACUUAACUGUGCAAGUGGGACACCCGUUCUAAAUUACAGUCAGGAUUUAGUAUUGUCCCUAUUUACUUAGGAACAGUACUUAAUUUUACUAAGGUAUACAUUGAAAAAGACAAUGGUUAGAUAACACAGAUGAGAUGUUAGAUGCAGUAAACCAUGCAAAUGAAAAGAUUGUUUUCACAGUUAGUCUUUUCAAUUUUGUGACCAUUCUCUUAUCAGGCUGACACUGUUUUUAUGUCACUUAAGGUCACUGGAGAUAGGGACAGUUUACCCCAGCUGCCUCUGUCUGGCUCUUGUGUGUUGCCAAAGUUCACACAAGCCUCCAGAAUCUCCAUUUUUCAGGGUUUACAUCCCUUUACACAACAACAAAGUUGAAUAAAAUUUGAUGGUUUUUAGUCUUCAUCAUUUGUCUGUGUGAUGUCUAGACAUCAGUUUCAUUCACAAGUUCACUACUACAUAUCAAAAGUGUAUUAUUUAAGUAUUGGUUUUAUUAACGAUCUUGUUCAUUACUGAUGCAUUGUUUUCACAUAUACUGUCUAAGCGUAACUACUCCCCACUGUACAUAAUGAAAGAAAAAUUCAGUUGGAUUCUUUGAUUCAUGUCUGUUAAAAAUAUACAAUCCAGUUGUACUUUAAUAUAUAACUUGAUAGCUUUGUACAAAUUAGUCCAAAUAAAUUUAUUACAUUAAAAACCACCCAUAAAGAUAAUGAAAAAAAGUAGUGUGCCUUAUUGAGAUUAUGAAAGCUAGAAGUACAAAAGUCUUGUUUUUACUGCAACCACCACCUUAAUUUGUCAAAAUACAUUGAUCUUCAUAGUGUAAAGGUGUUACAUUCCUGAAAAAGGGCUUGAAGAUGGAUGACUUUAUUAUGAUAUUGAUUAAAAAAAUUAACCUGA